UUGCUUUAAAUUAUUAGUUAAAAAUUCUUCCCAUAUUACCCUUUCGUUCGCUCCAAAACCUUUGCUUUAACAUAGUAUUGUGCAUUUAAUUCAUCGUAUAAGAUUAAUAUUGCUCUAUCCUGAAACAACUGGAUUCAUUUCCUUGUUCAAUUUCUUAUGAGUUCAGUUCUGUUCUUCAACAUAAAGUUUCCUUCUUCGCCAAAGCUACGUACUUCUUUUUCUUUUGUUUUUUAUUUCUUCGCCAGUUAUUUCCUGCAGGUCUAUUCUUGACGUGAAUUUGAAUCGCAUUUUUGUAUCGUAAACCAGCUGCUGAUUUCGAUAUCAUAAACUCCUAGGUAAUCCAAGAGGUUAAAAAUGUUUGACGCAUUGUUAAAAAGCAGGUUCUACACCAAAUGCAAGUCUGUGAUCAAGUUGACAAAGACUCGAAUCGAGAUGAUCAGAAAAAAGAGAGAAGCUAUGCUUAAAUACUUGAAGAAUGAUAUGGCUGAUCUUCUUAAAUCUGGAUUGGAUGUCAACGCCUACAACCGGGUUGAAGGCCUAAUCUUUGAGCUCAAUAUCUCCAUCUGUUAUGAUAUCUUGGAGCAAUAUUGUCUGCAUAUUUCGAGUCACCUCGCUAUCAUGAGUAAACAGAGGGAGUGCCCUGAGGAUUGCAGAGAAGCUGUGUCGACGUUGAUGUUUGCAGCAGCAAGAUUUUCUGAUCUUCCAGAAUUACGUGGAUNAGAUAUGGAAAUUCCCUUGUAA